CCAGCAUGCUUCAAGGUCCAGGAAUCUCCGAAUCACUUCAGGAUGUGCUCCAGCUAACUGAUCAAGACAUAGCUGACCGUCUCGAUAUCUCACACCCAUUAACAGCAUAUGCGCUGUUUAAGAUAUGGAAAGAGAAGCAACGUCCGUCGGUUUUCAACUAUCGUACAGCUUUAGCUCAUGAACUACGAAGAAUCCAGAUGCCUGGUCUCGCAGAUGAAAUAGCUGCAGGCAAAUACAUGAAAGAGAGGACAAGUCUCGCAUUCAUUGAAGACAUGGUUCAGGGAUUAAAACAAGAUAAACUGCACUCCCUUGGGAAUAUAAUAAAACUGAGUGGAACAGAUGUACAUUGGCCUACGAAUACACCCAUCGACGUGAUCUCCAAAGAAGUCCAUGCCUGGGUGGCAAAAUGGACGUCAGCAAUGGCGACUUGGCGGAGAUUCAAUGACACAACAGGCAGUGCGAAUGUUGUCGCUAGUGACCCCGGAUUAGGACCAUGGACCUACGGACGCAUAAACAAGACAAUUCCCCAUGAGCACAGGGAUCUAAAUGAUCGGCUCGUAGAGAAUGGUUUUCUAGAUCUCGCGCGUGAGAUUAUGAUCAUAGAGCAACGAUCAGUUGCAGGGUUGUUAACAUAAAUAGAGCAGACUUUUUAAAACAGAAAUCCAACCAAGUUUAUCUUCGCAUCGAAACAAAAUCGUCAAUUUAGUCUUUGAGUUGAGCGUAUUAUUGGCAAUUUAAUUUGUUGUUGUUGACAUUCUACUAUUUUAUACCCUCCUCUCUAGUGCCCCUCUCCCCGAGAGAUAAAGGGAAGAGUGUCCACCAUAAUAGUAAGUUUACCUUGUAUACGGUGAUUGGUAGGAGGGGGAGAGCUUUGUGGAAGAUGUCGUAAUGUGCUCAUAGGUUUAGACAUGUCAGAUGUCUCUACACAAGUGUUUUAGUUAGAUUUGUGUAGACUCUUGUUUCAUUCGAUCUUCAGCUGGUAUAAAAUACCUGACUGGUAAUUUAGAGGCUAGUGCAUAUUAUGAAGUUUUGGUAAAAAAUAAAUGUACGUCCUCUUCUUCUCUAAACCAUCGACUAUAUACUGCAUAAGAUUAAGCUGAGUGUAAUAUAUAUAGUUUCAAACAGAAUGCUAGAAAAACAUUACGAACUUGUAUGUAUAUAUUA